GCAACCCGGAAGUCUCGCGCGUUGGCGCCGGCGCUCGGUGAGCUUCGCGGAGGGCGCCGCGCGCGCGUGGCGGAGGCGCCAUGGGGAAGCUGCGCCGCCGCUACAACGUGAAGGGGCGGCUGCAGGCGGAAACGCGGCCCGCCAAGGGCCCCGAGCCGCCCCCUGUGCGGCUGGAGCUCGAGGACAAGGAUGUGUUGAAAGGAGUGGAUGCCAGCAAUGCGCUAGUGCUGCCUGGGAAGAAGAAGAAGAAGGCCAAGGCCCCGCCCCCAUCCAAAAAGCAGAGGAAGCCGCUGACGAAGAAGGAGAGGAAGGUGCUAGAGAAAGUCUUAGAACAGAAGGAGAAGAAGAGCCAGCGAGCCGAACUGCUCCAGAAGCUGAGCGAAGUCCAAGUAUCGGAGGCCGAAAUGAGUCUCUUCUACACCACGGCCAAGCUGGGCACCGGGGACCGCAUGUAUCAUACCAAAGAGAGGAAGCCUGACCAGCCAGCAACCCAAGGCCAGGAGAAAGUCAGUAGCCUUGGUGGGGCCCACCGGAAGCGCCGCAGGUCUUCGUCACCAGAGGAAGAAUCUGAGUCUUCAGGGGAUUCGGAGUCUGAUGAGGCCACAGCUGGCCACCCUGGGGGCAGCACAGAGACAAACGCAGCACGUCUGCCACCAGCUCCUUCUGGGGCCCAGAGCCCUGCCCCCACCCCUGCACCCCCUCCGUCUGCGGCCUCCGCACCUUCAAAGUCGCCAGCCUCUGCUCCACCUCCACCCCUGGCCAAGCCUGCCGUCUUCAUCCCUGUGAACCGCGCCCCUGAAAUACAGGAAGAGCGGCUCAAACUCCCGAUCCUAGCUGAAGAGCAAGCCAUCAUGGAGGCGGUGGCGGAGCACCCCAUCGUCAUUGUGUGUGGCGAGACCGGCAGCGGGAAGACGACACAGGUGCCCCAGUUUCUCUACGAAGCAGGCUACAGCAGCGAGGACAGCAUCAUCGGUGUCACAGAACCCCGCCGAGUUGCCGCCGUGGCCAUGUCCCAGCGGGUGGCCAAGGAGAUGAACCUGUCACAGCGGGUUGUCUCCUACCAGAUCCGCUACGAAGGGAACGUGACAGAAGACACGAAGAUCAAGUUCAUGACGGACGGUGUGCUGCUCAAAGAGAUCCAGAAGGACUUCCUGCUGCUGAAAUACAAGGUUGUGAUCAUCGAUGAAGCCCAUGAGCGGAGCGUCUACACAGACAUCCUUCUCGGCCUCCUGUCCCGCAUUGUGGCUCUCCGAACCAAGAGGCACCUGCCCCUUAAGCUGCUCAUCAUGUCUGCCACGCUUCGGGUAGAGGACUUCACCCAGAACCAGCGGCUCUUCACCACACCUCCCCCAGUCAUCAAGGUCGAAUCCAGGCAGUUUCCUGUGACGGUGCAUUUCAACAAGCGGACCCCAUUGGAUGAUUACAGUAACGAGUGCUUCCGGAAGGUCUGCAAGAUCCACCGGAUGUUGCCUGCAGGCGGCAUCCUGGUGUUCCUCACGGGACAGGCCGAGGUGCACGCACUCUGCCGCCGCCUCAGGAAGGCCUUCCCCACCCGUUGCUCCCAGCCACAAGAAGAGGAAGAGGAAAAGGACUCAGCAGAAGGGAUGCGGAGGUUCAAGAAGUCCCGGACCAGGGCCAAGAAGGCCCAGGCCAUGGCAUUGCCCCAGAUCAACCUGGACAGUUACUCUGUGCUGCCAGCAGGCGAAGGCGAUGAGGACAGGGAGGCAGAGAUGGACGACGAGGAGGAGGCCCUGGGCUCCGACUUGGAUCUGGACCUGGGUGACAGUGAGGCAAAUGAAGGUGAGCAGCCAGAUGCCUCCCUGCCCCUUCACGUGCUCCCGCUCUACUCCUUGCUGGCCCCGGAGAAGCAGGCACAGGUCUUCAAACCUCCUCCAGAGGGGACAAGGCUGUGUGUCGUGGCCACCAAUGUGGCCGAAACAUCCCUUACCAUCCCCGGCAUCAAGUAUGUGGUGGACUGUGGGAAAGUUAAAAAACGCUUUUACGACCGAGUCACAGGCGUGUCCUCCUUCCGUAUCACCUGGGUCUCCCAGGCAUCCGCUGACCAGCGGGCUGGUCGUGCAGGCCGGACAGAGCCGGGCCACUGUUAUAGGCUGUAUUCCUCAGCUGUUUUCGGGGACUUUGAGCAGUUCCCUCCCCCGGAGAUCACUCGCAGACCAGUGGAGGACUUGAUCCUGCAGAUGAAAGCCCUCAACAUUGAGAAGGUCAUCAACUUCCCGUUCCCCACACCUCCGUCCGUGGAGGCCCUGAUUGCUGCCGAGGAGCUGCUGGUUGCGCUGGGGGCCCUGCAGGCACCUCAGAAAGACGAGAGAAUGAAAAGGCUGCCGAUGUCACAGCUGAGCUGCCCCAUCACCGCACUGGGGCGGAUCAUGUCCACCUUCCCCGUGGCACCCCGCUACGCCAAGAUGCUAGCCCUGAGCCAGCAGCACGGCUGCCUGCCCUACACCAUCGCCAUUGUGGCUGCCAUGACUGUGCGGGAGCUCUUCGAGGAGCUGGACAGACCAGCCGCCAGUGAAGAGGAGCUUGCAGAGCUGAAGGGCCGACGAGCCCGGGUGGCCCAGAUGAAGAGGACCUGGGCCGGGCAGGGGGCGUCUCUGAAGCUUGGGGACCUCAUGGUGCUGCUGGGUGCUGUGGGAGCCUGUGAGUACGCCGGCUGCUCACCCCAGUUUUGCCACGCUAACGGACUGCGCUACAAGGCCAUGCUAGAGAUCCGGCGCCUGCGUGGCCAGCUGACCACCGCAGUCAACGCAGUGUGCCCUGAGGCUGGGCUCUUCCUGGACCCCAAAAUGCAGCCACCAACUGAGAGCCAGGUGACCUACCUGCGGCAGAUCAUGGCAGCUGGCCUGGGUGACCACCUGGCCCGCCGGGUUCAGAAUGAGGAUCUGCUAGACCCCAAGUGGAAGAAUGCCUACAAGACUCCUCUCCUAGAUGACCCUGUCUUCAUCCAUCCCAGCUCUGUGCUCUUCAGAGAGCUGCCUGAGUUUGUAGUCUACCAGGAAAUCGUGGAGACUACCAAAAUGUACAUGAAAGGUGUCUCCACGGUGGAAAUCCAGUGGAUCCCGUCCCUGCUGCCUUCCUAUUGCCAGUUCGAUGCACCCCUGGAGGAGCCAGCCCCUGCUUACUGUCCAGAGUCAGGACGGGUGCUGUGCCACCGGGCUAGUGUGUUCUACCGCGUGGGCUGGCCACUCCCUGCCGUCCAGGUGGACUUCCCUGAGGGCAUUGACCGCUACAAGCACUUUGCACAGUUUCUGCUGGAGGGACAGGUUUUCCGCAAGCUGGUUUCAUUCAGGAGCUGCCUGCUGUCUAGCCCCAGCACCAUGCUGAAGACUUGGGCCAGGUUGCAACCCAGGACAGAGAGCCUAUUGAGAGCCCUUGUGGCUGAGAAGGCAGACUCCCGUGAUGCCCUGCUGGCUGCGUGGAAGAAAAGCCCCAGAUACCUGCUGGCUGAGUACUGUGAGUGGCUCCCAAAGGCUAUGCACGCCGACAUUGAGAAGAGCUGGCCCCCCAUCGCUGACUGAUGACCACAUAGUCAGCUGCAUCGUCAGCCGGCUCCUAGGCUGACACCAGGAGACAUGCUGCGGCCCUGGAAGCCCAAUUCAGAGCCACGCUCGCUGCCGCCCUGACCAUGGGUGCCUUCUUUGUGACUGUCCGACGAGAUAGGGUUUGUCUGUCUUCGGGGGACAUUAGCGCCUCUGGAUGUACAGGGCUCCACUGGGACAGGAAAGUGGACCGUUCCCCCAGGGACCUGUCCAGCCUCGUAGCAUCUUGGGCAGGAGGUGCAUUGCAUCACAGCAGACUUCUGUGACCCAGGGACUUUUCCUGAAAGGUUGGCCCCAGUGAGGGACAAUUAUCACCCCAGAGCCCUGUUCACACAGGUGGAAGAGACCCGUUGCAAGGGUCCUGUCUGGCAUCCAGAGACAGCAAGUUCUGUGGGUUUUGUUUUUGUUUGUUGUUUGUUUUUGUUUGUUGUUUUUGUUUUUAUUUCUGUGUAGUCCUGGCUGUCCUGGAACUCACUCUGUAGAUCAGGCUGGCCUUGAACUCACAGAGAACCACCUGCCUCUGCUUCCCCAGUGCUAGGAUUAAAGGCAUGUGCCACCACCGCAUGACAUAAAAUGGACAGUUUUCAAAAGAUGAAAUGGAAGUGUGCAAAAGAGCAAAAUAUUCAGCCAGGAUUCAUGAGAUGGUCGAGAUGGCACUGGCUGCUCUCCCAGAGGACCUGGGUUCGAUUCCCAGCACCUACAUGGUGACUAACAACCAUCUGUAACUCCGGUUCCAGAAGAUCCAGUUCCCUCUUCUGGCCUGUCCAAGCACUGUACACAUUGUGCACAGAUAAACACAUAAAUAAAAGUAAAAGCCAGCUUCCUGAGCUGUCAGAAAUGCCAAUCAAAACUACAUGAGAGGUUGGAGAGAUGCUCAGCGGUUAAGAGCACUUCCUGCUUUCGCAGAGGACCUGGGUUUGGUUCUCAGCUUCCCCAUGGCUCUUCACAGCCAUCUGUAACUCUGGUUCUAGGGGAUCUCAUUGAUUCUGUCUUCUGGCUCAUCAGGCAAACACGCAUGGAUAAAAUACAAAUAAAUCUAACCACAGGAGAUUUCACCCCAGGCAAAUGGCAUGUAUGUGAAAAUAGCUGAUGAGCCAGGUGUGGUAGUGCGCACCUUUAAUCCCAGCAGGUGGGGGGCAGAGGGAGGUGGGUGGAUCUCAGAUUUCCAGCACAGCCUGGGCCAACCGGAGUUCUUGCACACACCGAUACUGGGAAAGGAAACCAGUCCAGCCACUGUGGAAAUCAAUAUGGAGGCAUCUCAGACCCCUGCAAAGGUCUACCUUAAGAUCCAGCAAUGCCACUGCUGGGUAUUUACCAGAGCACUCCAAGGCAACACAUCAUGGACACUAAGCUAUUACAACCAGCCGGGUUCCCAUCCAGGUGGAGAAUGGGUAAAGCAAAUGGUUUAUGUAAGAAGGGGAUUUCUUUCAGCCAUUAAGGAAAACCAGAACUGGAGAUUAUCCUACUAAGCAGAUUAAGCCAACCACAGAAAGAUGUUACAUUUUCUCCUAUUUGUGGGCCCUGGACUUUAUAAAUAAAUAAAACCAUACAUCCUA